CCCCCCUGGAACCCAACAAUGGCCGCCCCCAAACCAACCCUCUUCCUCGUCCCCGGCGCCUGGCACCCAAACACCUGCUUCGCCCCCAUCACCACCUACCUCUCUAUCGCCGAAUUCCCCAUCCACCUCGCCACCCUCCCCUCCCUCAACCCCGCCUCCCCCACCAUCUCCGCGACCUGCACCGCCGACGCCCUAGCCCUGCGCGUGCAGCUGCUCCCCCUCAUCGAGGCGGGCAAGGACGUCGUCGUCGUGUGCCACUCGUACGGCGGAAUCCCAGCCGGCGGCGCGGCUUCCGGUCUAGCAAAGACAGAGCGUGCAGCGCGUGGCGAGGAGGGGGGAGUGCUGGGGCUUAUCUAUCUGGCUAGCUUUGUGGUUCCUGAAGGGGUGAGCCUUGUUGAGUUUCUCGGGGGGCAGCAUGCGCCGUACGUGCAGCAGAAUCAGCCCUCCCCCGGUCUCUGCGAAGUCUCCCCCGUAAUCCCCGUCCUCUACGCCGACGUCCCCACCCCUCUAGCCAGCACACUCGCGGCGUCGCUCCUCCCACACUCGCUUUCGGCGUUCGAUUCCGCGGCGCCAGCGCCGGCGUGGGCUGAGCCGGCGUUCGCGGGGAAAAUUGCGUUUCUGAAGUGCCUCGCGGAUGCAGCGCUGCCGACUUUCUUGCAGGAUCUGUUCAUCAGUAAGAGCGGCGUGCAGUGGUUGGUGACGGAGGUGGAGGCGGGUCAUAGUCCCUGGGCAAGUAGGCCGGAGGAGGUGGCGGGGAUUAUUGGGGGGUGGGUAGAGGUGUUUGCUAGGUAG